CAGCCAGGAGCGCGCACUCAGCGGCUCUCCGGGUCCCAGCCGCGCCCCGCUACCACGCACCUACUCCUCCUGCUCCUCUCCGGGUACCCCUCGCCCCCUCCUUCCAGCAGCUGCUACCUCGGGCGGCGGCUGCCCCCGAGCCUCUACUCAGCCACAUCCCCAACUCUGGGCUCACUCCUGGGACGCGCGUCCUCGCCCCAUCCUUUCUUACUUCCUUCCCUCACGCCCGCCCGCCCUCUCCAGGUCUCCCUCCUGGGUCCCGAUUGUCUUCGUCCCCUUCUCUGUCCGCCGGCGCCUAGCCCUGCCCCGUCCUCUCCCUCGCACUUCCUGAGUCGCCCGCCGCCGCAGUCUCGCCGCGGGACCCCGAGCCGGAGCCCCAGCCAAGCCGCCACAGCCCCGGCUCCAGCCCCCGCUGCCCGCGGCGCCCGGGGAAGGGAAAAGUGGGCGAGCUCGCCCUCGCCCAGCCCCGCGCCCCAACCCUGCCCGGCGAGGGAGGACCGGGAAGAUGAACAACGGCGGCAAAGCCGAGAAGGAGAACACCCCGAACGAGGCCAACCUUCAGGAGGAAGAGGUCCGGACCCUAUUUGUCAGUGGUCUCCCUCUGGACAUUAAACCUCGGGAGCUGUAUCUGCUUUUCAGACCGUUUAAGGGCUACGAAGGUUCUCUUAUAAAGCUCACAUCCAAGCAGCCCGUAGGUUUUGUCAGUUUUGACAGUCGCUCAGAAGCAGAAGCAGCCAAGAAUGCUUUGAAUGGCAUCCGCUUCGAUCCUGAAAUUCCGCAAACACUACGGCUAGAGUUUGCUAAGGCAAACACGAAGAUGGCCAAGAACAAACUAGUAGGGACGCCAAACCCUAGUACUCCUCUGCCCAACACUGUACCUCAGUUCAUUGCCAGAGAGCCAUAUGAGCUCACAGUGCCUGCACUUUACCCCAGUAGCCCUGAAGUGUGGGCCCCGUACCCUCUGUACCCAGCGGAGUUAGCGCCUGCUCUACCUCCUCCUGCUUUCACCUAUCCCGCUUCACUGCAUGCCCAGAUGAGGAAACAGGCCGGAGAAGAUGGAAAGAAUUGUCCAAAGGCACAAGUGGCUCUGCCAUGACCGGAGCCAGGUCACCUGCCUCCCACCUCUUUCCACAGCUCAGUGCUGGCUCACCAGAGACUAAUUCUUUGACGGAAUUUUGGAAAGGCCUUGCUCCAGUGCUCCUUGGAUCUUUCCUCUCUAAGUAGAUGGCAAGCCUGUAAGAAGAGACUUGAAGGCAGAAACAAGGGAAUCAGAACUUCCCCUGCACCCAAAGGGCCUAAGAAACUUUUUAUUAUCUGGAGGUAGAGUAGAGGGAAGGCCAGAGUGGAUAAUUCCGUUUUUGUUUUGGAAAUCAUUAUGAUUAUGUCUUUGAAGAUCAGCUCUUAAAUAAUUUUGCUUUUUCUUAGCAAUGUUGUGCUCUGUUUUGAGACAUGGAUUUUUUUUUUCUUCUAGUGUUUCUCUCCUGAGGCAAAGCCCAACACACCUGUCUUUUGUCCACUU